CGUUGGAGGAAAGCAGAACCGACGUUUUUUGCCGACGGCGGCUGUGAGUGAACUCCUGGAGUCAAACGCGGCGGCGACGAAGGUCGAGAGGCCCCCACGCAGACGACAAAUUCCAGGCCCAAAACCUAACAGAUGAGCUUUCGCUCGUGGACGGUCUCGUCACCUCUCCACUUCCUCGAACUAAUCAGUUCGCAUGUCACUCCCCUAAUUCCUCGUCUCUAUAACGUGCGUACCCAAACCAAACUCAACCACCGCCUCUCACUAUGCGCUUCCUCCUUCUCUUACUGUGCCUCGCCGCGGCUGGCGAAGCAACUCCAGCAGAGGAGCGGCAAAUCCUCCUCCAUUUGAAAUCGACCUUCAAGACAGCAAACGCGACCGCCUUCCAAUCAUGGACCGCAAACAACCCACAUUGCGGCGGCUUCGCCGGUGUCACGUGUGAUUCUGGUGGCUCUGUUUCAGAAAUUGAUCUCACCGGCAUCGGAAUCUCCGGAGAAAUCCGUUUUGAUAUUAUUUGCCGGCUUCCUUCGCUCACUGCCCUCUCCCUGGUGUCUAAUGACCUCUCCGGUGACAUCUCCGAUGAUCUUCACAGAUGCACCAGACUCCGCCGGCUUGACCUCGCCUUCAACUCUCUCAGAGGUGUAGUUCCCGAAAUGACCACUCUAGUCGAGCUUCAGAUCCUCAACUUUUCUAGUAAUUAUUUCACCGGUGCCUUCCCGUGGAGCUCCCUCGCCGGGCUGACUGAGUUGGAGGUACUCAGCGUCGGAGAUAACUCUUUCGAUCCUAAUCCUUUCCCUGAUGUGGUGCUGAAUUUGACCAAACUCAAUCGGCUUUACCUCUCUAAUUGUAACAUCCAUGGACAAAUUCCGCCGGCGAUCGGUAACCUGACAAAGCUCAUUGACCUUGAGAUAGCCGACAGCUUCCUCACUGGCGUGAUCCCCCCGGAGAUCUCCAAGCUCUCCAAUCUGUGGCAACUCGAGCUUUACAACAAUUCGCUCACCGGACGUAUCCCGACUGGGUUCGGGAACCUCACAAAGUUGGCCUUCUUCGAUGCGUCGAUGAACAAUUUGGAGGGCGACCUAUCGGAGCUCCGGAACUUGACGAACCUCGUCUCUCUACAGCUGUUCGAUAACAACCUCUCCGGCGAAGUACCGCCGGAAUUUGGGGACUUCCGAUUCCUCACCAACCUCUCGUUGUACGUGAACAGGUUCAUCGGGAAGUUGCCGGCAAAGCUUGGAAGUUGGACUGAGUUCAACUUCAUCGACGUGUCGACUAACUCCUUUACAGGGCCAAUCCCGCCGGAUAUGUGCCGGAAAGGGACCAUGAAGAAGCUUCUGAUGCUGGAGAACAAGUUCACCGGGGAGAUCCCCGCCAGUUACGCUAAUUGCUCUUCUCUGCUUCGGUUCAGGGUCAGUAACAACUCGCUCUCCGGUGAAGUUCCCUCAGAUCUCUGGAGCUUGCCAAACUUGAACAUUAUCGAUCUCGCCGUCAACCAAUUUGAAGGUUCGAUUGGCGCCGGGAUCGGCGCUGCCAAGUCCCUAAACCAGAUCUUUAUUUCCGACAACCGGUUCUCGGGUCAGAUUCCUCCAGAGAUCGGAGACGCGGCGUCGAUCGUCCAGAUAGAUCUGCAUAACAACCAAUUCUCAGGCACGAUCCCGUCGAGCGUCGGAGGUCUACGAAACCUUGCGAGUCUUAAUCUGCAGAGCAACGGCUUCUCCGGCCAGAUCCCUAAUGAGAUCGGCUCGUGCGCAGCGUUAAGCACCAUGAACCUCGCCGAGAACAGCCUUUCCGGACCUAUCCCUGCAAGCCUCGGCCAGCUGACGAACCUCAACUCGUUGAAUUUGUCGGGCAACAAGCUCUCCGGCUUGAUUCCGGGGAGCAUCUCCGCGUUGAAGCUUUCCUCCCUUGAUCUCUCCAACAACAGUCUCACCGGCGCCAUCCCGUCGAGUUUCGCUAUUUCGGCCUACAGUGGCAGUUUCGCCGGAAACCCCGGCCUCUGCGUCUACGGUAUCAACGCCGACAAACUCAGCUCUGUCCAGCGAUGCUCAGCCUUGAAGAGGGGCUUUACCGGUGAGUUGCGUACCAUCCUCACCUGCAUUCUCUCCGUCGCAGCUGUCUUCCUCGCCGCUCUCGGUCUCCAUAUCGUGCUAAAGAAGCGCCGCCACGACUCCAGUGGCGGUGCCAGCGACGGGGCAUUUUUAAAAGACCCGUCAUGGGACAUGAAGUCGUUCCGGAUCGUGACGUUCAACGAGCAGGAAAUUGUAGAAGGAAUCAAACCUGAGAAUCUCAUCGGGAAAGGGGGAUCCGGCGAGGUGUAUCAGGUGCAUCUGGCGAAUGGGGAAGUGAUGGCAGUGAAACAGAUAUGGCGGAGUCUGGCGGAGGCCGGAACCAAGGAGCGGAGCACGGCAGCGAUGCUAGCGUCAACCCGGGGGCGAGGGAGGAGGGGGCGGAAGCGGACGGCGACUAGCGAGUUCGAGGCGGAGGUGGAGACGUUGAGCACCGUGCGGCACGUCAACGUGGUGAAGCUCUUCUGCAGCAUCACGAGCGAGGAGUGGUGCCUGCUUGUAUACGAGCACCUUCCCAACGGCAGCCUGUGGGAUAAGCUUCACGGGUCGGCCGCGGCGUCGCCUGGGAAGGCCGAGGAGUUGAGUUGGGAGGAGAGGUACCAAGUGGCACUUGGGGCUGCGAGAGGUCUCGAGUAUCUGCACCACGGGGGUGAACGCCCCAUCCUUCACCGCGACGUCAAAUCCAGUAACAUCCUUCUCGAUGAGUGCCUCAUGCCCCGUAUUGCCGACUUCGGCCUCGCCAAGAUCCUGCACUCCGCGGCCGUCGCCGCCGCCGGAGGGGGCGCAGGCGAAGCUUCGUCUGCUCCUGUCAUCGCCGGCACCCACGGCUACAUCGCUCCAGAGUACGCCUACACGUGGAAGGUGAACGAGAAGAGCGACGUGUACAGCUUCGGGGUGGUGCUGAUGGAGCUGGUGACCGGACGGCGGCCGAUCGAGGCGGAAUACGGCGAGAGCAAAGACAUCGUCCACUGGGUGUCGCAGCGGAUGAGCAGCAGGGAGAGCCUGAUGGCGGCGGUGGACAGCAGAAUACAGCAGGAGUGGAGCAAGGAGGAGGCGAUCAAGGUUCUGCGAGUGGCGCUGCUGUGCACUGCGAGCCUACCGGCGAUGCGGCCGUCGAUGAGGACGGUGGUACAGAUGCUGGAGGAGGCCGUGAACGGUGGAACCAUAAAAUCAUAUGUCAACAAGAAACUGAUGGAAGUCCAUGAGUGAAACGCUGGAACUCACCUCGUUCCCUGUACAAUAUCAUUUUGGAUGCGGACGGCCAUGGACAUUAACAUCGAGCUCAUCUCGUUCCUCACAAUAAUCAUCGCGUUCUAAGCGAUGGUGAUUUGCUAUUA